AUGUCCUCCUCAAACACCUCUACCUCCAACACGACCUCCUCUACCACUCAAAGCGGCUCUUCCACUAGCAACACCUCAUCCUCAACCACGACCAGCUCCAGUAACAACACGUCCAGUUCUACCGGAUCAACAAACACCACCUCCACCUCUACUUCCUCCGACCCCUUGGCGGCGUUUGACCGUAUCAGGGUUGAGGGAGCGAUGCAGUACUGGGGGAGCAAGAACGGGUACUCUCAUUUACUGGAACUGGAGCCAGAAGAGCCAGAGGAGCCAGAGGAGCCAGAGGAACCAGAGGAACCAGAGGAGCCCGAGGAGCCCGAAGAGCCGGAAGAGCCGGAAGAGCCGGAAGAGCCAGAGGAGCCAAAGGUACCAUAA